AUGGACUCCUCCGAUCUUCACGCUACCACCAUCGUUGACGAGACCUUGACUGAUGCUAUGAUUGACGAUGGUGACAUCGAGAUCACCCCCAAGACCGAAGAGGAAUACGCCCAGUCUACCUUGACCCUCCGUGCGAUCGUGUCGUCUAAAGAGGCCGGUAUCAUCAUCGGCAAGGCCGGAAAGAACGUCGCCGACCUCCGCGAUGAAACCGGUGUGAAAGCUGGUGUCAGCAAAGUGGUGCCGGGCGUCCACGAUCGCGUCCUCACCGUGACCGGUCCUCUGCACGGCACCGCUAGGGCUUAUGCACUGGUUGCCAAAGGUUUGCUCGAAGGCGCUCCGCAGAUGGGCAUGGGAGGUAUCGUGUCGAACAACGGAACUCACCCGGUUCGUCUCCUCAUCUCCCACAACCAAAUGGGCACCAUCAUCGGACGGCAGGGCCUGAAGAUCAAGCACAUCCAAGAUGCCUCGGGAGUGCGCAUGGUCGCUCAGAAGGAAAUGCUCCCCCAGUCUACCGAACGCAUCGUUGAAGUCCAAGGAACCCCCGAAGGAAUCGAAAAGGCCGUCUGGGAGAUUGGAAAGUGCCUGAUCGACGACUGGCAACGGGGAACCGGCACCAUCCUGUACAACCCCGCUGUCCGUGCGUCAGUUGGCUCCGGCCCGGUGAACAACAGCGGCGCCAGCAGCACCAGCAGCACCGGCAAUGGUUACAGCAGUCGCCCCUACAACCGCACCGGCAAUGGCGCCGACUUCAGCGACCAGAGCGGUGGCUACAGCCGACGAUCCAACCCGGACAUCUCCAACCGCGGCUUCCCUCUCGUUACCGAAGACGGCGAAGAGAUUCAGACGCAGAACAUCAGCAUCCCCGCCGACAUGGUUGGAUGCAUCAUCGGCCGGGGCGGAACCAAGAUCACCGAGAUUCGCCGAAGCUCUGGAGCUCGGAUCUCGAUUGCUAAGGCGCCGCACGAUGAGACGGGUGAGCGCAUGUUCACCAUCAUGGGCAGCGCUCAGGCCAACGAGAAGGCUCUCUAUCUCUUGUACGAAAACCUCGAAGCCGAGAAGACCCGCCGCAGCCAGCUGCCUCAGGAAUGA